UUCUAAUUAAAAAUAAAUAAAUAGUUUUAGAGAAAAAGUUUCGACGAGGCCAGUUUUGGCAGGAAGAAUCGUCAACAUUGAAGCAAGCUCCACUGCCACGUCAGUAAAUCCCGGUCAUACAAGAAUACAUUCCUCUUAAAUAGAACAUAAAAAGACAAAUUACAAAAAAAAAGCAUUCCGUGAAGAUUUCUAAUUGCUCCUUGAAAAUGUAAGUGGAACGAGCCGCAUGCGCCAGUCAAUAAAGUGGGGUUGUGGUCGGAGGGUGGAUUUGGGGGUUGGAGUCGUUGUCGGGGGUUGGGGUGGAUGAGGGUUGGAGCUGCCCUUCGCCUUCAGGCACCAGUACGUCUCCAGAUCUCUCACGUUUGAGACGGUACGAAUGGAUCGCCAGAGAUCAACAUGUGCCACAACCACCAAGAAGGUGAAAAAGACUUACUCUUGAGCGACAUGUCAAAGCCUGUUCUAAAUGGAAUUGCAAAUGGUACACAUCACUGGGAUCAUUCAACCAAUCCGAUCAUAAAAUAUGGAUAUAAAAUUUUGCAUUACCUCCAGAGCAGGCCUUAUUCAAAAAUAAUCGUUGGAUUUACCUUAGUUGCCAUUUUGAUAGCCUUUUAUCUUAUUAGCGAUGUCACAAGUUUUGGAUACUCAGAUUUCAUCCGUCAAACAAUCAGAGACAAUUCCCUGAAGUCAUCUUAUUUUUCCUAUCUAAACUCAAAUAAGAACUGGACUUCCAGGCCUGAAGGGUAUCUAGUAUGGAAUCCAAGCUGCCGAAUCCGUGAUACGAAUCCUUUUGAUGAGAGCAUCAAACACUUUUACGCGAAGCAGAAGCUGCCGAAAUGUGGAUAUUUGCCCCUUCUCACUUCUCUCAAACGGGUCAACUCUUCCUCGCAUGUCCUCAUAUUGCACAACGAGCAUAUGAACAAGUACCAAAAAAACCAUAAAGUGAUAUGUUGCUACUCUUUGAUCACGAGGACGGACAUGCCAAACGACACUUCCUCAACCACUGCUGACAAUGUAUAUAAUAUUGGGAAGUGCAUCACCUUCAAAAACAAUAUUAUAUUUUCUCAAGAAGAAGAAUUUGUUAAAGUAGUCUGCUCGUAUAAAAAUGGAGGCAGUUCGAAGGAAGUGUAUGUCAAUUUGCAUGCAUUUGUGGGAAACAUUACGAAAGUCGGACCAAAAUUGGAACACUGGUCGAAACCUGAAAGUCCAAAAGACAGGUUGGGUGUUAUGAUCAUCGGGUUAGAUUCCAUCUCAAGACUGAACCUUUUAAGAACAAUGCCGAAGACGGCAGCGUAUUUAGAGGCCAAUGACUGGUUCACUCUAAAAGGCUAUAACAAAAUGGAUGACAACACAUUUCCGAAUUUGAUGGCAAUUCUAACUGGCUACAGUGUCGCCCAGAUCAGAGCUGAAUGUUGGCCGUCACCUAAAACCAAACUGGACAACUGUCCUUACAUAUGGAAAAACUUCUCUUCACAAAAUUACAUAACCGCAUAUGGUGAGGAUGAACCUACUAUCGGUUCGUUCAACUAUCACAAAACAGGGUUUGUGAAGAGCCCUACAGACUUUUACUUAAGGCCGUUCAUGCUGGCAGCUGAAAAGGGGACAAAAAUCAAAUUACUUGCGGGGCUCAAUCUCUGCCUGGGGCCUGUCUUGAGCGUCGACCAUGUUCUAAACUAUCUUUUGGAUUUUGCACGACAGUUUAACAAUGUGCCAACUUUCUCGCUGUUCUGGAUGAACAGUGUCAGCCACAACGAUUUGAAUACACCUACUGCCAUCGAUACAAAAAUGGUCUCUUUCUUGGAAGAUUUGAAAUCGACAGGAAUACUCAAUUCCACUCUUGUCAUUUACCUCAGCGAUCACGGAAUGCGAUUUGGCAAAAUAAGGGAAACAUACAUCGGGCAUUUAGAGGAGAGGCUUCCGUACAUUUAUUUCUCGUUUCCAGAGUGGUACAGGAAAGAAAACCCAGACAAAAUAGAAAAUCUACAGACAAAUGCUUACAGACUCACUUCACCUUAUGAUGUUCACAUGACACUGGUGGAAGUCCUUGGGGAAACAAAAAACGGCUCAAAGGCCUGUCAAAAAUGCCAAAGCCUGUUAGAAGAAAUACCCUGGAAGAGGUCUUGUGCCGAUGCCGGAAUCACGAACCACUGGUGUACCUGUGCCGAAUACAAGACUCUUUCCACCAAAACCUCCCUAGUCAAAGAAUUGGCAGACUAUGUGAUGAAAAAGAUAAACCAAAUUACUUCCAAAUCUGCCGAAGACUUCUUACAAAACGGCACCAGGUGUGCGAAACUUGUGACCAAAACUAUCCACUCGUUCAGGAGCAAAGUGUUUUUCCACCAAGACGACAAAAAAGAAUAUGUGAUUCUACUUUCUGCCGUGCCGGGUAAUGGUAUAUUCGAGGCUACUGUCUCACACAAAAAAAAGAAAUUCAAAAUUGUGGAUACUAUAAGUAGGAUCAAUUCGUAUUCCUCUCAAAGCACAUGUAUAAAUGACUCCGGCUUAAAAAAGUAUUGCUUCUGUGAAAAAUUCAAAUGAAAAAAAA